AUGGUGGUGCGAGUGGCGUUUGGGGCCCUGGGAUGGCGUCUCUGGCAGGGUUCGAGGAAUUUUUCUGUAUGCAGUUCUAGGAGCAGUAUAGCCAAAAAUGGUGGCCUUCUCACCAAUAUGAAGUGGGUACAGUUUUCAAACCUACACGUUGAUGUUCCCAAGGAUUUGACCAAGCCAAUGAUAACCGUUUCUGAUGAACCAGACACGUUAUAUAAGCGCCUAUCAGUUUUAGUAAAAGGCCAUGAUAAGGCUGUAUUGGACAGUUAUUAAUAUUUUGUGGCACUUGCUGCUAAAGAACUUGGUAUCUCUGUUAAAGUACAUGAACCUCCAAGGAAAAUAGAGCGAUUUACUCUUCUCAAAUCAGUGCAUAUUUUCAAGAAGCACAGGGUUCAGUAUGAAAUGAGAACACUUUACAGAUGUUUAGAGUUAGAACAUCUCACUGGGAGUACAGCAGAUGUCUACUUGGAAUAUAUUCAGCUAAACUUACCUGAAGGAGUUGCCAUGGAAUUUACAAAGACAAAAUUAGAAAAGUUACCAGAACACAUCAAGAAGCCAGUCUGGGAAACAAUACCAGAGGAAGAAGAAGAAAGCAAGUCAUAAAGUCUCAGAGUGACCACUUGUGCUGGGAUGUGAAGUGAGCAUGUCAAGUGGAGGGAGUCUCCAGUGAAGACAGUUUAAAGUCACCCUGACUGCUCUCCUGAGGCCGCACGGCCUGAUCAGUAGAAAGCAGGGAUUGGAAGUUUACAAUACACCAGACUAUUGUGCAGGAACCACUUUAUCUAUUCUUUUAUACACGUCAUUGUUUCAGUUUGGAUUUUAACAAAUGUGAGCAAACCAUUUGGACCACUCUGUACCAAAACAGUCAAAUUCAUAUUUUGUUAUUCCACUGU